AUGGCUCAAAACGAAGGAUCAAACCUCGGCUCAAACGAAGGUGAGUCAAUAUAAUUUUUAAUAAACAGCUUGUUCCCCCGCUGUGCCGACUUAAUAAAGCUUUAUAUAAGUUUUCAACACGGAUGCACUUGACCUAUACUUGACCUUUUUUACAUUUUCCUUUGUGUUGACUUCCUUUGUGUGUUUAUAUUAAGUCAUUAGUUUUGCUCUAAUGCUCUCGGAACAAAGAAAUAGGCUACGUUUCGCUACCAUACUGUCAAGCAACAUACGACUCGUAUUACUACAAUAUAAAGCCAUUGAAUGCCGACUAAAAACGCUUUGACAACACAUGUUAUCCAAAUAUUUCCAAUCUGUCAAGUAGAAAGCGCAUUUGGGUAUAUACUACAGUAUAUUGGUAUAGUGUAGAUCACAACUUGUGAGUAUAUAAAUCUUAAACAUCAAGGAUUAUACGACAAAACUGCAUGUUUUGAACAUUUUACCAAUGUAACCAUUUUACCAAUGUUACCAUUUUACCAUUUUUUCAGUGUCAUACAUUUGUAUACAAUUUUUUAAUUGAGCACAUUUUUAAACACAGUUUAAAUUUGGUUUAUAUGUAUACAUCGAAUAUGAUCAACGAACAUUGAUGUAUUUCAUCCUUUACUUGUCAAUUGUAACCCCUUCCCAACCUUGAGGAAAGGUGGGGGAAUAAAUUUUAAUAUAUCCAUAUUUAACUGUUACCUGACCCCCUGUGGCAACCCAACCCUUGGGGACAAAAUUUUUUAAAAAAUCCAAAAAUUUUAUUGAACAAAAUCUAUAACUUUAUAUAAAAAUGGCACUAACCUGGCUUGUAAUAUUUAGGUCAGGCUCAACAGGACAAUCCUGUGAGCAGGCUGUAUACAAUGGCCCCACAUAAACAGUUAGUUGCGCCUGACCUAAUGGGGGAUUUGUGGGGUAUAAUGUAGGCCAUAUUAUGUCUUGCAUACCAGGGUUCGGGGUCCAUAACAGGAAAAUCCCCCCAUUAGCCACUAGGUAAGGUAUAACUGUGUAAGUGUCAAAAUAGAAAAAAUGCCACAUUGCCUCAUGUCCCCACCUUUUCCCAAGGUUUGGGGGCGGGGUUACAAUUGACAAGUGGAAAAGAGUGUCUGUGUACAUGGGACACUUUAUUAAAUGAAUUAAUUCACAUUUUAGAAAUUAGGGCAAACAAAGGAGUUGGUAAAAGAAGUCUAUGUUUUACUCCUAGCCCAAAUUCGAAAAGGCCACCUGAUAAGAGAGCAAAGAACUUAAACUAUGAUGAAGGUAUACAUUGAUAAUUGUUUUUGACCAAUUACUAUUAUUUCUAGGUUGAAUAAUGAAACAGUUAUAUAACAACAUACAUAAUUAUUAUGUAAAUUAUAUUAUAUAGAUAUACGUCAAUCUUUAGCAUCAAAUUUUGCAUAUGAAGAAGGCUGUGUCACUGGAGUUGAUGAUAUCCUAGAUAUUGUACAAAGUGACCUUGGAAGGCCAAUACGUCGUGUAGACCUGUAUAAAGCAAUCAGUGCACUGUUUGGAGAGAAAACUGAAAAGAAGUAUAGAAAAACAGCUGGCAGUCAAUUGAUGGCAAAGAUAAUAGGAAGAAAAUGUAUCCUUUCCUAUAAUUCCCAAAUGUCAUUUAAUGUCAUUGAGCUUAAUUUUCCACUGACAAAAUGUAUAUUUACUAUAUUUUUAUACAGACUAAGAAUCAUAAGUGUUACCUUGUGCUCAUUGCAGUUUAAUUGAAUAAUCCACUACUAUACUUUAAAGUAUAUUAUUUUAUAAUAGUCAUAUUUUCUUAACAGCCAUAAUCAGCCUUACUUAUUCAAAUAUAAGGAAUAUCCAAGAAUCUGAAUUAAUGCAACAGCAGCAACAAGAACAGGAAAGUUUUACGAACAUAGAAGAUGUUCUUAAUUUACAUGCUGUAACUGACAGUGUAUUGCGUAAUGAUCUCCAGAGGUGCAUUGAUAAUGCAAUAAGACACAUUUCUUCUGAAAAUACUGUACUUAAACAUGAGCUGCAUGAAACAAAGGAACAAGUGAAACAGAUGCAAGAAACCCUUGUUGAUAUUAGCAAUAUUACUUCAAUGGGCACUGAUUAUCAGUUGACAAAAUUCCAGAAAAAAAAAAUAAAAGAAGAAAUGAAAACUGUUGAUAGUAUGCACAAUUUGGGUUUGAAAACAUUGAAGAAACAGAUGAUAUUAGCACAAUUGUAA